AUGGCAGACAACGAUGCUACGGAUGACACUCCCAAAGUGUCAGACACCGACACCGGCUCCGGCUCCAGCGAAGAUGAGUCUGAGACAGAGCAGGUCGAGACUUUGGUCGCUGGCCGGGAGCGACGAAAGACAGCUGGCAAUCGCUAUGAUAGGGACAUGCUCCUGGAUGAAGCGGCCGCCGCCGUUGAUGAGGACGCCGACGAGGUGACACUUCUAUUCGCAGACAACGAAGAGGAGGAGGACGAAGAGUUCAAGAGCAGCGACGAAGAUGAAGAUGCCGACAUGUCUUCCAGCGACGACGACGACCAAGGCCCAAAUGUCGCCCCGGACGAUCUGGAAGGGGAGAAGGAAAUACAAAAGCAAGCCAAACAGGAGCGAGCGAAGAAACGUAGAGCAGACCUAGCACUCACAAGCGUGGCUGGACUAAGGAAGAAACUGAAGACCGACCCUACUCGACCAGCUGCACUGUCCGCCCCAGCCAAACCGUCCAAGAAGAAGGAAAGAGUAACGUGGGUCCACGAUCCGGACUCCGGUCGGAGUUCCCUUCGGAAGCAGACGAUCGCUCAUCGAGCGGAGACCAUCGCACGUCUGAAGGAGAGUGAGGCGCAAAGCAAAAAGAUGAAGGCGCUCAAGGAGCAACGGGACCGGGAACGGGCCAAAGACGCCCCGAAGGAGCUUACACAGGAGGACCGGUUGGCUGAAGCAGCCCGAGUCGAGAGACAGAACGCCAAGAGUCUCAAUCGCUGGGAGACCAUGGAGAAGAAAAGACAAGAAGAACAGGCGGCGAAGCUGGCCGCUUUGAAAGACAGAAAGCUCGACGGCCCUGUGAUCAGCUGGUGGAGUGCAAGGGCGAAAUGGAUAGGGCCGAAGCUUCACAAAAUCGGUACGAAAGAUGCCGGAGAUGUGAUAGAGGGCGGCGCGGAAACCAAAAAGCGAGGCAGGAAGUCAAAGGCGUUUCUGGAACAGCAAGCGGCAGUAAAAGAGGCGGCGACGGGCACAACAUCACAGAAAACGACUACAGAAAUGCCAACAUUACUAGAGACACCAGCGCCGACAGCAGUGACUCCAGCGCCCUCACUGUUGUUAGAUCAAGCAAACGAUCCCGCGAGAAAGCCUGCUACAGAGCCUGCCACAGGGCCUACCACAGAGCCUAGCAAAGAGCCUACCACAGAGCCGACCAUGGAGCCUACCAUAGAGCCUACGACGAACAAGAUACCAGACGAUGCCCCUGCGUCUGAAACCAAGCCACCGCCAGUCACGCAUGCUGCCCCACAAGAAGAGGAAGAUUCUUUCUUGAAAGGCAUUCAUGAGUAUGCUACACUGGAGGACGAAGAGAAUGCUCCGGGCAUCAAUCCGGACAAUUCAGCUCCGCGACAGUCAAAUGUACAGCAGCCGAAAGAGCAGAGUCCGCAGGAACAGUCAAACAUUGGGACUACAUCGGACACAGUCACAUCUUCAGUUAACCAGCAGAAGCAGCCAGAAGAGGAGAAAAGCGAAGAACAGCCAAGUAUAGCGACCACGUCAAACACUAUCAGUACCCAACCCAUUCAAGCGACGCAGAGAGAGAAUGAGGUAAGCCAGACGCCGCAAGAUGAUGCCACAAAGCCAGAUACGACACCAGGGCUGCAGUCGACGAACCCUACACAAACGAAGCAAAUUACGACGACACCCUCAACUGCGGAUGAAGCCCCUUCAGCGCCUGAGCCCUCAUCAGCUCCUCAACCUCCACCGGUUGCUGAAACUCUGCCUGUUCCUAAGCCGGCACCAGCACCCGAGGUAGCCGCUGUUCCUGAACCAGAACCAAUUGUCGAGAACUCGACAAGAAACCUGGUGAUACUGGAGAAGUUCGAUGAGCUCUCCAAUGAGGCGCGACAAGAGUAUUCCUUCUUCUUCAACACCCGGAAAGCCGCCAAACCAGUGAAACAUAGUCAAGAGCUAUGUCCAAUCACAACCCAGCCAGUCCGAUACCGAGAUGCUUCUACAGGAAUGGGAUAUGCUAACGUGGUGGGGUACAAGAAACUGCAAGAGUUGAAACGUCAUGGAUUCGUCUGGAGCAGCAUGCUUGGGUGCUAUGUCGGUCGAGACGGGGGAGCCGUUGCGCGUGGAGUACCAGAAGGGUUCGUGGACAAGUAG